AUCUCGUUGACCCACAUGGUCUUGUAACAUUGACUUUUAAGCUGUCUCAUUUAAAGGAAGCAUUGCACUUGCCAGGUAACCUCCUGAACAUAUAAUCCACAGCUACAGGGUACUUACUUUCAAGACAAAGUCAUGGCAGAAAAUGAGGAAUGUUCAUCCAUCAACGAAGAUAUUGAAAAUUACUAUCUCACGUCCAUGUACAGCAUUGAGUUCAUUGUGGGACUCAUUGGGAAUGUUACUGUGAUAAGUGGUUACAUCUUUUGCCUGAAGAAAUGGAAAUGCAGUAACAUCUACCUCUUCUUCCUCUCCAUCACCGACCUGUUAUUUAUAUGCACACUUCCCAUGUUUGUAAUCCAGUACGCAAACAACAGCGAGUGGUUCUACAGCGACCUUUCCUGUAAGUUUAGUCGGUACUUCCUCAACUCCAACAUGUACCUGAGUGUUCUCUACCUCACCUGCAUUAGCAUCGACCGCUACCUGUUGGUGCAGAACCCAACAAAACUUUACUGGUUCCAAAGAAAGCAGACGGCAAUCGUGAUCUGCUUCGUCUUGUGGAUCUUUGUCAGCUUGGAGUUGAUACCCAUGUUCACUUUCAUUGGGCCAAAAAACAUUACGGACAACGAUGAGCAGAUAAUAGUCUGCAUCGACUACGCCAGUUCGGGGGAUGCCAAGGCCAGUAUGAUUUACAGCAUGUUCCUCACCAUUGUGGAUUUCAUCCUCCCACUCUGCGUGAUGGGCUUCUGCUGCAUAAAAACAGCGACGAGCUUAAGGAAAAUCAGUGCCAAGCACCGCAGGAACAUUAAGCUGGAAAAGCCCCAUCGCCUGGUUAUACUGGCGCUGGUCAUUUUCACGGUACUCUUCACCCCGUACCACAUCAUGCGAAACGUCCGCAUUGCCUCCAGGAUGAACAGAAACCAGACCUACUGUGUCCGCAAAGGCGUGAAGGCCGCCUACGCCAUCACAAGGCCCAUUGCCUACCUAAGUUCGGCCAUUAACCCCAUCUUCUACUUCCUGCUCGGUGACCGAUUCAGAGAGAUUCUCCUCAGGAAAUUGCCAUUCAUCGGGCCAAAACUGAUACCUUUGCGGUCUUCAACAGCAAGCACUAUUCAGUAAGGGGGACUUUCCCUCAGACUCGUCAGGAAUAAAAUAUUUUACCAAUUAAUUCCCAAACUUUUUUGCUUUGACCGCUGCCGGAGUCGGACUUGGAUGUCAAUUCUCCAUGCUUUCCCUUUACAUCUCAUGCUACCUCAACAAGGCCACCAGCAUAAUCAAAGACGAGUGGCACCCGUCGGGCAAAAGGUAUAGAGGUGUGAAAACGCACAACUCCAGAUUCAGGGGCAGUUUCUU